AUGAUUCGGGCUUUGGCGGCUUGUGCCGCCUUGACCUUGACAUCAGCAAGUGGCACCCAGGCCUGUGACAACCAGCAGGUUCACUCGAAGUCGCUUCUCCAGGUGCACGGGCCAACGGACCCUGCUCCUCGAAAUCAUGACGAUCUGGUUGGGCUUUGCGUGGUCCAAGACGACUCCUGCUUUGAUCUUCAACUGGACAAGCGAUGGCACAACGCAUCAUGGUCCAAGGACUAUGAGUUCCCGCCUGAUGCUGUACAGCUCGUUGUCGCGCGCCACGGAGAAGACCUCCGGUGGCUCGACGCGCUGCCGCAACUCCCUGCCGUGGUGUACAACCGCGGUGGGGCAGACAGUCUGCUUCCAAGCCCGCGAGAGAAUUUGCGGAUAGUCUCGGAAGAGAACCACGGAAGAGAAGAUGAGGUGUUCCUCCACCACAUCGUCGAGAACUACGAUGCCCUACCACAGGUCACAGUUUUCCUUCAAGGUUGGCCUUUCGGGCACUGUCCUGGCUUUCUCAAAGCCGUUCGCAACACCAUCUCAGCAAUGUUGCUGCCUGGCCAGGUAGCUGAGCUCCAAGGAGCCGCGGAUGCCAGCCAAGGCCUUGCACCACUGACUGGGACGUUUUGGCAGUACAACAUAAACGCUGGCAGGCUCGGUCUCGCCAGCUCCUUGGCAUCGAAGCACUUCCCACUGGGAAGAGAGCGCGAGGCAUUGAACUACGCGCGUGUCCUCUACAACGAGACAUGCACCAAAAUUCUGGGCGGGGCGGCGUGCCCAGGCGUGGAGUGGACGGCGGAAGGGGCCCAGUGGGCUGUUACUCGUGAUCGUAUUUGGUCCACGGAGAGGAGCAUCUACAUGGAUGCCCUGUCUCUCGGUGAAGGCUGGGAGGGAAAAUUCCGUGGCCUUGUCCUCGAAGCAUUGUGGCCCGUGAUGUUCGGCAGCGCGCAGUGGAAACCCACGAAGGUGGAUAUGAUCCCUUCGCAGGCCGGUCAGGCCUUCAACCGCGCCCGGUCCAACGAUGGCUUCUGCGCCUCUGAAACCAGUGGCUCGCGGAAGCUUCUCUUCAGCUGCCAAGACCGCGUGGAGUUCUGCGAAAGGCAGCGCAAGAGCGGUGCAAGCACAGGCAAACUGUUCGAAUCAGAGCGGCUGGGCUUCAAGAUCCACGAUGCCUCGGACUUCGGGCCCUGGCGGUUGGAGGCGAAGUUGCAGCCCAUCCUUUGGGGUUCCGCGACAUGGUGGCCCCGUGCCAGCCCCGAGGCCCAGUCCAUGCGGAAUGUCAGCUUCGACCCAGACAUCGUGGAGCUUGAUGGAUUGCUUGGCCUGCGGCGUUCUGACCGCACAGACUUGGCAGCUGUGCAGUGGAACAUCACGGAGUCUGGCAGCGGCUACGCAUUUAGCAGGCUGGACUUUCGAGGGCAGCAGCAGUUCCUGGGUUGCCAGGAAGGGCUGGCACGUCUGCUCCCAGAGCCAUCUUCCUGGCAGUUUAUCAAGCUCUUAGAUGGUUGGAUCCAAAUGCGACAUACGCAGGCCGGCCGGGUCCUGUCCAUGGACGAUCGGUCCAGCGAAGGCCGCCUGUACUGCCGCGAGGCAGCGGGAUUGGAUUCAAGCCAAGCAGCGUUUGUCCUGCAAACACUGCGGAAGUGA